UUUCUGCACACCAGCAGGACCAUCAACGGGCCAUCCAUCCAGUCUCUUCUCUACUUGCGCGCCUUUCAGUUAUCUUCUCUCUUUUCGACUUUGACAAACUGCCAACAAAGUGCAGUGCACUCUCUUUUGACACGCACAAGUCGAAAUACCUCAACUCGCUCUUUUGAAAAGACAUUCGCUUCCAAAAACAACCCCCGGCUCCAAAGUCCCUUUUUCUGUGUCCCUCCAUUUCGAACAAAGCCUUAAACAUGAAGACCGCCGCCGUCACCACCGCCCUCCUCGCCGUCUUCGCGGCCGCCAGCCCCAUCGAGGUCCGCCAGGCGUCCGGCUGCAAGGCCUUCACGGUGCUCUUCGCCCGCGGCACCACCGAGAUCGGCGCCCUCGGAAGCGUCGUCGGCCCGGGCCUGCAGAGGGCCGUCCAGUCGGCGCUCGGAGCCAACGCCGUGACGGUCGAGGGCGUCAGCUACCCGGCCGACAUCGGCGGCAUCAUGGCCGAGACGACGGGCACGGGGCCUGGCAGCACGGCCAUGACCAACCAGGCCAACCAGUGGCUGAGCAAGUGCCCGCAGACGAAGCUCAUCCUCACGGGCUACAGCCAGGGCGGCAUGGUCGUCCACAACGCCGGCAAGAAGCUCAACGGCAAGGGCGUCGUCGCCGCCGUCACCUUUGGGGACCCCUUCAAGGGCCAGGGCGUGGCCGGCGUGCCCACGGGCAAGUUCAAGAGCUUCUGCGCCGCUGGCGAUACCGUCUGCGCCGCCGGCGGGUGUGCCAGCGCCGGAGGCUGCGGGAGCACGAGCGCGGCUGGUCACAUUGGGUACGGGUCCGAUACCAACGCUGCCGGUGCCUUUAUCAAGUCUGCGGUGGCCUAGUGGGUGUUUUGAGUAGCAUCAUGGCAUAGGCUGGGGGCAUGGAUAUACCGUGGCUGGAGGGGAAGCGACCCGUCCCUACCUAGACUACGGUAUAGAUGUAAGGCUUGGAUGCUGGGAACUUUCCAUUCUUCACUCUGAAUAGUUUCAAACCUUUCUACAAAUAUUACACUUGGUCAAUGGCACUGGC